AUGAUUCCUCUAGGGGAGCUGAGCAAACUCCUUGCAAAUCGAUUUGCCGCAAAAUGUUUCACGCCUCUUGAACUUACCCACUUCAAGGACAACUUUGACUCUCAGGCCCUCCAUGAAAAUGAGUUUUAUUAUUGGAACGAAGAAAUUCUAUCACGGUUUCUAGGCAUACCUGAUGGGGCGGGCGAAAAGGCGAGCCCAGAUACAGAUACUAUACUGGAUGCAGGCCCUGUUAUUUUUCGCAUGGUAUCUUACUUGGGGGCAUUUCCUUUUCAAAAUACGAUGGCGCCCAGUGUACUUACCUAUGAUGCCAUUUUGAAAGUUGUCGUCUUACUAACUGAAAGAUAUGGUCGGGUGUUGAGAAGGGGGAAAGGAGACCGAGUUAAAUUGCUGUUUGGGAGUUUGGCAGAUGUAGGUCGUGUAGGAGCGAAAUCGUUCGAAGAUGCACAGAAUUAUAAAGACAAUGGGUUGGUGAAUGGGGACUUGAAUAAUACUCACAAGCAUACUCCUGGCUUCGACAUUGAUGCCCCUGCGAAUGAUGAAGAUGAGGACGACAACGACGAUGAUGAUGAUGAUGACCUAGCAUUAACCGCACUCGAAUCCCUGGAUGCAACUGAAGUGUUCAAAUAUGACCAACGCAUUAAUCGGAAUGUAUAUAAGGCUCGGAUUUCUGUGGGCACAUUCCGCAGAUUGCUUGCUCUGUUGCUGGUAAUAGCACCUCUCCAUCCGCUAGGAACAACGGCCUGUCUCAUCACAAAUCAUAAUGGUGAAUCAAUUGAUACUCUCCAGGCACAGAUAGACAGCAUUCUCGCUGCGUUUGGCGAUAAUGUUAAUGAGAACGGUAUCAGUUAUCGCACCUUCUCCGACAUUAUCACGAAAUCUCUCCCAUACCUCUUUGAUCCUCUUACACCACUUUUUGAACACUUUCUAUUCAGCAAAAAUUUAGACCUUUCAAGAAAGAAGAAACCUACCCACACAGACGAAAACCAAGAGCAGCCUUCCUCGUCUUCACCUCUAUAUCCCCCCAAUAUGGAGCCUAUCUUUCUUCCGGGCAAUUUCGAACCGAGUAUUAUGAAUCUUACGUUGCUUUCUCACAUAUCCUUUUUUCUUUCCACAUCCUCACCAAUUCCAAAUCUCUUUCGCAAUGCCACCCGUCUUCACCCUGUUUUUUCUUCCAUUUUUCAUGGUGAAUCUCUCACGGCUUUUUCGCACCAUGUUCUCACCUGGCAGGCCCCAAGCCUUCUAAUUGUUAAAGGAGAAAUAAGAUCGUCAAAUAACGAUACUGUAUUGCUCGGAGCCUAUCUACCAGAACCUUGGAAGCAGUCAACACGUACGCCAUCACGCCGCAUAUCUGGCUCUUCAGACGCCUGCGUAUUUCCAUGCCUUUUUCAACUUUUACCUACCCACACAGUUCUCCAAGCAAACCCCUUCUUUAAAUCUCUCAAAUCAAAUAUGCCAGUGGUAUCAUUCUCCACAAAUUCCGGCAUCGCACUAGGCUGCGUGAUUCCCCCUACCUCACGUACAUCACUAAAUAAUGAACUCCAACCUCGACCCUCCGGUGGAGGAAGUUUGAUCAUCGAUCCUGCUCUCGAGAAUGCAAAGUUCAUUGUUUCUGAAGGCGUCAACAGGGACGGGGUAUUUCUCUCUCCCAGCUAUUCACAUCCGUCCCCCUCUUCUCUAUCCACCUCUGCAGCGUCUACCACGACGUGCAUUUCUAUCCACUCUAUGGAAGUGUGGGGAAUAGUGCCUUCGCAAGCAGAUAUAUCCGCGGAUUUGGACCCUGAAGCUUCAAAGGAUGCUGUAGCCAUGCAGCGAGCAAUGUGGAAUUUCGAGGCCAAAGAGGCAGAAAGAAGGCGCACAAUACACUUGAAGGUUGGAGGGGGUGAUAGUGAAGCGCAAAGCGGAAGAGCGCUGUUGGAAAUGGCCGGGAUCAUUGGUGAUGGCCACUACCACAGGCCACGAAAACAAUAG